AUGUCUCAUAAUCCACGUCUAAUUCAAGCUCAUAAAAAUGAAUUAGCAGCAAUUGCACUCAGUUCUACUGGUAAUCUAUUAGCUACUACUUCUAAACGGGGUACUCUUAUACGUAUAUUUUUAACAACAGGAUUAUGUGAAAAAAUUUUUGAAUUUCAACGUGGUAUAGAUACAGCUGAUAUUUAUAGUCUUGCAUUUAGUUUUAAUUCAGAUUUUAUAUGUGUAUCAAGUGAUAAGGGUACUGUACAUGUAUAUAGUAUACGUGAUCCAAAAUUGAAUCGAAAGGCUACAUUUCAAUAUGCAUUCAAUGAAAAUUGUGGUGAUAUAUGUAAUUUUAGCGUCAAUAAUGAACAGCCAUGCCUAUGUGCAUUUGUAGACCCGAAUCAUGUUAUUGCAGCAAGUUUGAAUGGAACAUUCUAUAAAUAUAUUUUUAAUUCAAAUGGACAAUGUAAUCGAGAGAUCUAUGAAACUUAUUUGGAUGAAAAUGAUGGAUGUAAUUUUUGA